AUGGGUUCUUGUCAAAAUCGAUUACAGUAUCCGCCACAUGUUUUUCCUAAGGCACCAUCACGUUUUUAUAAUGAAAAGUAUAAUUAUACAUGGGAAAAAAAUCCCAAUGAUUUUACAAAUUACCAAAGAUCUCAGAUGAAUUAUGCUCCACCAGAUAGGAAUGUGCCUUAUUUGUUGUUGCCUGCUAGAUUGUCAUUGGUUUGGGUAAAUAAAUGGACAAUUGUACUUAUUCUUAUUUUUAUUCGGCUUUUUUUCUUUAUGCUUUCUUUUAAAAAAGAUAUAAAUGUUGUUCGGGAUAGAAUGGAAGAUGGAUAUGCUCUUAUUCAGUAUUCGGCAAGCACAUUAGCUACUAUGCCACGCUUAAUGGCAAUAGGAACUAAUAAAAUUAUUGCACAUAGUGUUGAAAAUAGUGUUCAGGCUUUGAACAAAGUCUUGUUGCUUACUUUGGUUGGUUUAGAAAAUAUCGUUUUGUUUUUUAUUGAAAUGGUAACACAUACUUGGACUUGUCUUUUAGAAUUAUCUAUCAAAGGGGGUAUAAAUAUUGUAGCAGAUGUUGUAGAAAAAGUUACAAAGUUUGUAAAUUUUGCGCUUCAGUCUAUUGAGAAAGAUGUUGUUUCUGGUAUUCAAGAAGUUAAUAAAGGGCUUUCAUCUAUCCUGGUUACUAUUGAAAAAACCCUUAAGGUUCUAGGGAAAAGUGUCAAUUUGCCACCUCUUACUAUAUCUUCUGUAAAUAAAUUUGCUAAUGUUACUAUUCCAGAAAAUUAUGAUGAUGAGUUAAGGAAACUUCAACAUAAAAUAUCUCUGGACCCUGUAAAGAGUAUUACAAAAGAAACAAUAAUAUUUCCUUUUUUCCAGUUAAGAAAACUUAUUAAUAACACAUUGUCAAAUUAUUCUUUUAAUAUUUCUCUUUUACCUGUGCCUCUUGAAAAUAAUGUUUUAGGAUAUUAUAAUAAUAAGGACAUUGAAAUUUCUCUUAAAAAGCUUGUCAAUAGUUUUUAUAGUGCUAUUCAUUUUAUGUUGAUUGUUAUAAUAAUAUUGGCUAUAUUGGCUAUAAUUCCUUUUGCUCUGAAAGAAUGGUGGGAUUGGAAAAAAUUACAGUCAAAAGCAGCUAUGGUUUGGUCUAUUUUUUCUAUUAACAAAACAUUUGACCCUACUGAAUUUAUUCUUACUGUUACUUCUCCAUUGUCAACGUUGGUGGGUAUUAAAUUUUCACAAAAUUUCAAAGAUCGACAUCAUAAGGUUUUAACACGUUGGUUUUUGUCAUAUAUUUUUCAUCCAUCGUCUUUAUUUGUGUUGGGUCUUGGAAUUUUAGGAAUUAUAAGUUGUGGACUUCAAAUUGCUCUUUUAAUGAUAAUAAAAAAAAAUGCACCUACUUCUUUAUCAGAAGUAGGUAUGACCUCAUUAGUUGUUGGAAAUUUUCAAGAAAUUUCUUCUAAAUGGUCAAGUGAUGUAAAUGAUGUUUUGAAUCAAACAAGCGCUGAUAUGAAUAAUCUUCUUUUUGGAUGGGUUUAUCAGAGUACUCAAUAUAUAAAUAAUACAUUGAAUGUUUUUGUUGAUACUACAGAAAGUAGUCUUAAGAAAACUUUUGGGGGAACAAUUUUAUAUCAACCUAUUCUUGAUGUGCUAAACUGUAUGUUUUUGAUAAAAAUUAAAGGAAUCGAAAAAGGAUUAACAUGGAUGCAUCAAAAUACUCGUAUAUCGUUUCCUUAUGUUCCAGAUAAUAUAUUAACUUCUGUUGAAAAUUCUACAUCACACACUGCUUUUAUAAAUACAUCUAGAGACCUAAGUAGAAGGUUUUAUUUACUUUUGAAUACUUUAAUUGAUGGAUACGAAAAAUCUAUUGUUUUUGAAGCCAAAAUAUCUUUUGCACUGGUAUGCGCUUGGAUUUUAAUAUUUAUUAUGGGCUUGUUUAGAGUUGCAUUUGCCCGGAGACCUAAUAUAAGAGGAAUGGGUGGAGGAACACAUGCACAUUUGCCAUCAAAAGGUUGUUCGCGUCCUGUUUAUAAAGAAGAGGUUUUGUAUGAUUAUUUGCCACCUAGGAAUAAGCAAUACAGUACAAAUACCGAAAAAAAAACUCAAGAGUUACCUUCUGACUUUACUAAAACACCUUUUGUAGUUGAUGAUUAUAUUUUACCUUUACCCGAAUCUACACUUUCAGAUCAAGUUGAGCAAUGUAAAACAAAUGAUGGUAAUAUGAAGAAAUGUUAUGGAGAAUAG